GGCGGACUGGAGAAAUUCUCCGGAAAGCACCACGAGUAUGCUACUUGGAAAGACAAGCUACUCACGCACGUGGCCCAAUUUCAGUUGGAGGCCGAGAACAAGCUACUCGAAGCCGGUGACCCGGACCCGAAGGUCUGCAUGAGGGACUUCUUGGAGUCCACGCCGCCAUGUCUUACGGAUGCAGACGUGAAAGCAGCUCCGCCCGAAGGACAAUUGGCUGUCCGGGAGGAGAUCAUGGUAUGGCGCAAGGCGGACGCAGCCAUGAGGCAUGUCCUCAACUCGACCCUCCCAAACUCGUUUCUGUCGUCCCUACCGGACGAGGUGCAAAACAUGGAGGUGCGUCUCAUUUGGCAGCAUCUCGAACGGAAGUUUACGAAUGGUGAUGCUGGAGGAUUGGUA